AAGCUAGCCUGCAUCACCAGGUGCAGCAAGCACAUCUUCAAUGCCAUCAAGAUCACCAAGAAUGAGCCAGCCUCAGCCGAUGACUUCCUGCCCACCCUCAUCUACAUCGUCCUGAAGGGCAACCCCCCUCGCCUGCAGUCCAACAUCCAGUACAUCACUCGCUUCUGCAACCCCAGCCGGCUUAUGACUGGCGAGGAUGGCUACUAUUUCACCAACCUAUGCUGUGCUGUGGCUUUCAUUGAGAAAUUAGAUGCUCAGUCUUUGAAUUUAAGUCAGGAGGAUUUUGACCGAUACAUGUCCGGCCAGACUUCCCCAAGGAAGCAGGAGUCUGAGACUUGGUCCCCUGAGGCCUGCUUAGGUGUGAAGCAAAUGUAUAAGAACUUGGACCUCCUGUCUCAGUUGAAUGAACGG